AUGCUAGGCCCUCAGCGCAUUCGCGACUGGGUGACUAACCUGCCAGACAGUCGCAUACGCUUCUUGAGGUGGCAAUCGAUCCUCGGGUACGCUGUCAUCACAUUUGUCAUCUCCCUGGCCCUCUCCGGUAUUUUCCUCUUUAGUCGUCCCGAGGGGUUCCUCCGCGGCCAUGGUUCUUCGAAUUACUUCGAGUACUUUUGGAAUCAGACGGCAGACCAUCCCAUAGAUCAACUGAUUCGCGAUGCCUAUGCCGACCAUCAGAAGCUGCUCAGCCAACAGAGCUUCGACCUUCCUGUUGCCGCCGCACGGUAUCGCGCCCGCCGAGGUCGCCACCCCCCACCGGGCUUCGAGGCAUGGUUCCGAUACGCGAUAGAACACGACGCGAUCGUCGUCGAGUCUUUCUUUGACCGCAUAUACGCUGACGUUGCCCCGUUCUGGGGUCUCGAACCUCGGACGACUGCCGAGAGAGCCUCCACGUGGGACUAUGUCGUUCGUGUCCGAGGCGGUAUCGCCACUGGUGUGGGCAAUACGGCUGGUAAAGUCCCGUGGCUGCAGCUUUGGACCGCCCUGGUCGCCGAGGCCGCGCCGUGGUUGCCGGAUGUCGAUAUGCCCAUCAACGAUAUGGAUGAGUCGCGCGUAAUCGUACCAUGGGAGGAUAUAACGAGCCUCGUUCAACGGGAGCUGUCCGCUCGUUUCGUUGCACCGGUCGAUGAGGUCAUAACAGAAUAUUCGGGCCUGGCCGCGACCGACGCUAAGCCCGACGGCUUUGAGCCCUACCGUCCGCAGUGGCAUAGGGGGAGCUAUUGGGAUCUUGCGCGUGUGGGAUGCCCCCCCGAUUCCCCCGCUCGCAACGCAGCAGCGAUUGAAAACUUCGAGGAGCGACCAGUGUUCCCGCAGGAAUGGAACCCGACGUAUUCGUACGAAGGAUACGUUCGUAACUUCACCGCGGUAAUGGACCCGUGCCUCCAGCCACAUCUGCGCGGCCUGCAUGGAACUUUCAUCGAACCCCUAAGCAUGUCGACUAGUAAGGAGCUGGUCCCUUUGUUCGGCGGGUGUAAACUCUCGGUGAAUAACGAGAUGCUCAUCCCGGGCGCCAUGUAUCUGACAGAGGACCCCAUCUACUCGGGUGGGGACACGCAUGGCCCGUCUUGGAGUCAGAAGCUCGACGGCAUCGUGUGGCGCGGCGUGGCGUCUGGCGGCCGCAACAAAAAGGAAAACUGGACCCAUUUCCAGCGGCACCGCCUCAUCGAGAUGCUGAACGGGACGGCCGUGUCCGCGAUGGAGGCCAACGGCGCGCCUCUGAUGACCUUUGAGAUGCCGCCGAUCCCCAAGUACGACUUUCCGCGACGGCGGGAGGGGACCGUGGGUGCCUGGCUAGAGAGGUUCGCGGAUGCGGGAUUUGUUGAUCUCCUCUGCUUCCCCGCUGAUUCCAACUGCACCUACAUCCAGCCAUACUUCUCCAAAGUGGCAGGCGUCCCUAUGAAGGAUCAAUACGCGUAUAAGUUCAUGCCCGAUGUCGACGGCAACAGCUUUAGCGCUAGAUUCAGGGGCUUCCUCCUGUCGACCUCGCUGCCUAUCAAGGCCACCAUAUACGCGGAAUGGCACGACGAUCGCUUAAUGCCGUGGCUGCACUUUGCUCCCAUGGAUAACACCUUUCAGGAUUUGUACUCCAUUCUUGAUUAUUUCACCAGAGAUAAGAGAGGCGAUAUGUCGGCGCGAUUCAUCGCUGACGAAGGCCGGUCGUGGGGCGCCAAGGUGCUCAGGAGAGAAGACAUGUUGCUCUAUGUCUGGAGACUGCUCUUAGAGUUUGCACGUGUAUGCGACGAGAAACGGGAAAUGCUGGGCUUUGUGGAUGAUUUGAAGCGAGUCUAA